CCGCGCGCCGCGAGCCAAUGGCGUGAGUCACCGAGGCACGUCAGGGGCCAGGGCGGGCGCUGAUUGGCCCGCGGGGCGUUCCCUCGGCUUCCCAAAGGAGGACAGCGCCGGCGAGCCCCAGAGGGGGAAAAGGGGGGCGGCCGGGCCCGCAGCGCCUCACUCGCCGGGCAGAGGCGCCGCGCAGCUCCAGAGCUCCCUCCGCACCGCCAUGGCUUCUCCUUCCAAGGCGAAGGAGGUCUUCUCCUCCGACGAGGAGGGCCCGGGGGCCGGCGGCGCCGAGGAGCACCACAAAGUGAAGGUGUCCAGCCUGCCGUUCAGCGUGGAAGCGCUCAUGUCCGACAAGAAGCCCCCCAAGGAGCCGCCGCUGCCCGCGCCGAGCGGCAGCGCCGACGGGGCGGCCGUGGGCACCUCCAGGAACCUGCUGCUGUCGGGCCACGGGUCCCGGGACGCGCACAGCCCCCCCGGGGCGCUUACAAAAACCUUCGACACCGCCUCGGUCAAAUCGGAGAACUCGGAGGACGGCACGUCCUGGAUCCAGGAGGCCGGGAGAUAUUCCCCGCCGCCAAGACACCUGAGCCCCACUGCCUGCACCCUGAGGAAGCACAAGACGAAUAGGAAGCCCCGAACCCCGUUCACCACUUCCCAGCUGCUGGCUCUGGAGCGCAAGUUCCGCCAGAAGCAGUAUCUGUCCAUCGCCGAGAGAGCGGAGUUCUCCAGCUCCCUCAACCUCACAGAGACCCAGGUCAAAAUCUGGUUCCAGAAUCGGAGGGCCAAGGCCAAGAGACUGCAGGAGGCUGAGCUGGAGAAGCUCAAAAUGGCAGCGAAGCCCAUGUUGCCAUCAGGGUUCAGCCUCCCUUUCCCCAUCAACUCUCCCAUCCAGGCUGCCUCACUGUAUGGAACAUCCUACCCUUUUCACAGACCUGUGCUUCCUAUCCCUCCUGUUGGACUCUAUGCUACUCCUGUUGGAUAUAGCAUGUACCACUUAUCCUAAGAAGAUCAGAAAGACGAAGUGACAGUAAGACAGACUUCCUGGUGGAUCAUGUCCAGCCCUGAGAAGACAGUACCCCAACCAGUACUGGCCAUUCCUUCUGCACACUUCUAUCUGCCAUCCUGAGUGUAUGGGAGUUUGUGCUAGCAAAGCAAGGCAUCCUGUAUGCUACAGGUUGGGCGUCUUCUGAGAGUGCUCUGAGCACUCAGAGUCUGAUCCUCAAAGAAAAAAAAAUUGUAAAAACAAACAAACAAAAAAGA